UUUAACAAUAAAUUAUUUUUCUAAACAGAAUAUCAAUGCCAAUUUUAACGAAACAUUCAUUAUUAAUAAUUCAAUUGCUGAAAUCAGUAGACAUUUAUUUAGUUUGCUAGUGGUUUUAAUUGUGUUAUAUUUUUUGAAACAUGUAAUUCCAAAGAGAAAUUUAUUGGUUCGUGUGUCGUCACUACAAUCUUCUAAAAAUAAACAUGACAUUUCAAGGUGACGUAUGCUGGUUGUCCGUGGAUGUGUCGAAACGAAACUAGCUGAGAAGUGAAAGGCUGGUACAUUUUCUCCGGCAGUUUUGAACUGUCAGUCAGUAGACGGUACCAAGUGGAAUUUCUAUUUUGCCAGUUCUAUAUUUGAAGAUCAGUCAUCCAAAUGGCUUCUCAGAAGUACUAUCCAUUCAAGUGCACGCCGACUGUGUUCCCCGCGGAGCCGUUUGACGCCAACGCGGACGCCGAGACGCUGAAGAAGGCGAUGAAGGGGUUCGGCGCCAAUGAGCAGGCGAUCAUCGACGUGCUGGCGCGGCGCGGCAUCGUGCAGCGGCUGGAGAUCGCCGAGGCGUUCAAGACUCUGUUCGGCAAGGACCUGGUGAAGGAGUUGAAGAGCGAGCUGGGGGGCAAGUUCGAGGACGUGAUGGUGGCGCUGAUGACGCCGCUGCCUCAGUACUACGCCAAGGAGCUGCACCACGCGGUCAGCGGCCUGGGCACGGACGAGGAGGCCAUCAUCGAGAUCCUGUGCACCCUCAGCAACUACGGCAUCAAGACCAUCUCCACCUUCUACCAGGACAUGUACGGCAAGUCUCUGGAGAGUGACUUGAAGGGCGACACUUCGGGCCACUUCAAGCGUCUGCUGGUGUCUCUGUGCCAGGCCAACAGGGACGAGAGCCAGACGGUGGACGCGGAGCUUGCGAGGGCAGAUGCCCAGGAGCUGUAUGCAGCCGGGGAGGCGAAGAAGUGGGGAACAGAGGAGUCGACCUUCAAUUCCAUCAUGGUGACGAGGAGCUACCAGCAGCUGAGGCAGACGUUUGCAGAGUACGAGUCGCUGUCGGGCCACGACAUAGAGACAGCCAUCAAGAAGGAGUUCUCCGGCAGCAUCCAGAAGGGCCUGCUGGCCAUUGUGAAGUGCGUGAAGAGCAAGGUGGGGUUCUUCGCCGAGCGACUGCACGACUCCAUGGCCGGCCUGGGCACCAACGACCGCACGCUCAUCCGCAUCGUGGUGUCCCGCUCAGAGAUCGACCUGGGCGACAUCAAGAAGGCCUUUGAGGAGAAGUACGGCAAGACCCUGGAGAGCUACAUUUCCGGGGACACCUCCGGGGACUACAAGAAAGUGCUGUUGACCCUGGUAGACUAGACCCCGCCCGCUCUGCUCCGUGCCCGCAGCCUCUGCUUUGUGUUCCUAGAGCGACCUCUCCGGGGACUACAAGAAGGUGCUGCUGGCACUGACGGCAUGACGGGCCAGGCCUGCCACCCCCGCCCCCCGCCGCGCGAGUUGUGCCUCCGCCGGAAAAAAUGUCACUUUACUUAUAUUUACAGAUACUCUUUGUGUUUCUGCAGGCUAGAUGUGUGUUUGUGGCAGGCUCGUGGUGGGAGUGCAAUUCAACUGUUCUGUAAACAUGUAGAAGCUCGUUAGUUAAUCCACUGCUAGUUACAAUCGGCAAUGUUUAGGCUGUGAUGGUAAACACAUUCGGGUACAAACACGUGCAGUAUGGACCUUUGAAGGUUUCUGACACUCAAAGACAGGUUUAUACUUUUUAAUAAGGCUUUGCGCUUGGAACAGAUCUUUGUACAAACCUUGAAAUCAAUUUUUUUGUUUCACAGAUAAAUUGUAAAAGAUAGGCUGUUUUUUUUUUAAAAAAGUUUUCUUAAUUGAUUUGAACAUGAGAAUUGCAAGAACAGUAUUGUUAGUUUUUCUGGUAACAUUUAUGUUUAGUUAAAUUUGUAGCAUUGAAAAUUCCUGGGGUGUCUGUAACCCGCAGUUCGGAUUUUGUAAAAUUAGUGGUGAUCAUGGAUAGUUGUAGUAAGAUAGAAAAAAAUAUCUACAGGUUGGAAGUUAUUUUGAAUCAUGGAACUACAUAGUACUUGUUUACCAGAACUUUUGAGAUGUGCUCCCUUUACAUAUCUUAUGGCUUGCAACAACAUUUAUUGUUCCAAAUGUCUACAAGAGGGCCUAAGUGUCACACAUUGCUUGGAAUAUAGAUCUGUGGUUCCCUGUUAAUUGAUUGCUUUCCACCGCUAACACUUGUUUAUCGAGAAAGGUACACAUACUGCUAGAAAUUUGUGGGCAUUAGUUGGGACAGAAACUGUUUGCAUGUUCAGCAGGACAGACUUAAAAGUUCAUAUUAUUCAUGAAGUUGAUGGAAGUAUGCCUACAUUUUAAUUCUUUCCUGCCUGUGAAUGAGUGUUCAGAAUUUGUCUGUUCCUGGCUGUCAGUGUGUUAAAAGGGUUGUCUAUCAAAGUUUUUAGUGUUGGGGCAGGUUGCUUUUCUAUGGAGUUCUUGUAGCAUAACUGAUAUUUCAAAAUGCAUUUCUUUCAGGGCUUCUUUGGGUGCUCAUAUCUUGUGAUAACAAUGAGAUUGCUUCUUUAGAGCAAAUUAAAUAACGAAUCUCGGCGGGUGUAGCAUUAGAGAUAGGGUGUGAACAGAACUGUUGAAAGUUUCCUUUUUAACUUGUGCUUGUGCUAUACUAAGGUCACUAUACGUAUGUAUUUUGACAAAAUUGAUGCUAAAGUAUACUGUAUAGAAAAAAAAAAGUCAUAGGUUGUGAAGAUGUGCAUUUGUAAGCUACGACUGUUUGAUCAUACCCUGCCUAGCGAUAAUCAUUUUGAAAAUAUUUUUGAUGUUUUUCAGAUACUGUUUUUUUAUAUGUAUGUAUCAUGGUAACUAAAUGCUGAUAGUGAGCAAAGUUGUUAGACAAAGAAUUUGCUGCUGUUUUUCGAAACCCCUGGCUUAGAAUAUGUAAAGGCACAUGUUUCGUGUUUAUUCCUGUCAUGGCCUCACUCUCUGUAACAGUUUUAGUACUGGCAAUGCUAACAAAGGGACUAACCGAAAUACAUAGUUAAGUUUUGGGCAUGAUGAAUGAUUUGUGUAGUUUCACACUUAUAAAUCUCUCAAGAUAAAAGGUAAUUUAUUUGCAACUAAGGUUCUUAAUUUUAUUUGUAGUUAUGUGAUACUGUAAAGGGUUGUGAUUCAGGAUAUUUUGCUCUUUGAGAUAAAAUAUGUCAAUUUGGACGUUAGUCAAGUGAUUUUGAAUUAAAAAAGAGAUUGUUUAAAGAACACAAUUGAACACCAUUACUAUAGAAAAAUUUUUUGUCAAUAUUUGAACUGUUUAGGUGUGUUCUUGGCCAUUGCUAUUGUGUAUUGAAAAUAGCUUUGUGUGUUCCUACACCAUGAUGCUUCAACGUAUUGCAAAGCUUCCAUUUGGCCAAUUUGUCAUUCAUAGUUUCUAUAAUUUCAGGGAUUUUUCAAUGAAACUAAUGCAUUCUCUUUGCUUACACGGAAAUAAACAAUGCUGGAAGAGAGAUACAAUAGCAUUCCUGUCUGCCUAUUACAAAAAGACUGCAGAGUUUUUUGACACUGAUUUGAAUCUACUUUUUUUAUCAUAUAUAUAUUUGUCCACAUUACUGUAAGAAUUGAAAAUAAACAGUGUAAUAAAAUUCUAUGUUUCCAUUAA